ACCUGCCGGACAGUUACCUUACCUGAGCCAAAACCGACCAACAUACUGACGGUUACAAUACAAAGAUUCAUCCCAAAACAAUCCUGGAGCCAACAAGGAAUCUACCUGGAGUUUUGCUAUAAAUACAUGACUGCAUUAUAGGAGAUUUUUAUCAACAAAUACCAGAAAGGAAGAGUUUAUUCGGAUCAGUUAGAGAAGAUCAGGCACAACGAUGCCCGGAACUGUAAAGCUGCGCAGUGUCAAGAGGUUUGGACAGGAAAAUGAUGGAUUCGAAUUUUCAGAUGAAGAGACAAACGGUGAUUACAUGACAAUGGCUUCAGGAAAGGAUAAUAAGUCCAAAAAAAGCAAACAAAAAGAGUCGGCCAUCCGCGUCGGCUUCUUUCAGCUGUUUCGCUUUGCUAGCUGCCGGGAGAUCUGGAUGAUGGUUUUUGGGAGUUUGUGUGCGAUUGCUCAUGGCUCAGCACAGCCGCUGAUGCUGCUGGUGUUUGGCAUGCUGACAGACACCUUCAUAGACUACGACAUUGAACUCAAUGAGCUUACCGACCCGCAGAAAGCCUGUGUGAAUAACACUAUACAGUGGAGAAACCUGACUGAGGAAGAAAACCUGGCACUGAACAUGACCAGAUCAUGCGGGCUAUUGGACAUCGAAUAUGAAAUGACCAACUUUGCCUACUAUUAUGUAGGCAUAGGAGCAGGAGUCUUCAUUCUUGGAUACCUUCAAAUCUCUCUGUGGAUCACAGCAGCAGCCCGGCAGAUUCAAAUCAUCCGGAAGAUGUACUUCAGGAAGGUUAUGAGGAUGGAGAUUGGUUGGUUUGACUGCACUUCAGUUGGAGAACUCAACACGCGAAUGUCUGAUGACAUCAACAAGAUAAACGAUGCCAUCGCUGAUCAGGUGGGAAUCUUCAUCCAACGCUUCACCACUUUUGUGUGCGGUUUCCUCAUGGGAUUCGCGAGAGGCUGGAAACUGACUUUGGUCAUCAUCUCCGUGUCUCCUCUGAUUGGGCUUGGAGCAGGACUCAUGGCUCUGUUUGUGGCAAAACUGACAGGAAUGGAGCUGCAGGCGUACGCUAAAGCAGGUGCAGUGGCAGAUGAGGUUUUGUCCUCUGUGCGCACUGUGGCAGCAUUUGGUGGAGAGAAAAAAGAAGUGGAAAGGUAUGAUCGUAAUCUGAUCUCUGCCCAACAAUGGGGCAUCCGGAAAGGUCUGAUCAUGGGCUUUUUCACAGGAUACUUGUGGUUCAUCAUCUUCCUGUGUUAUGCACUGGCUUUCUGGUAUGGAUCCAGUUUAGUAGUGGACACACAAGAGUACAGUCCAGGCACGUUACUGCAGGUAUUUUUCGGAGUGCUUAUUGCUGCCCUGAAUCUGGGUCAGGCGUCUCCUUGUCUGGAGGCCUUUGCUGCAGGAAGAGGAGCUGCCACCAUUAUUUUUGAGACAAUAGACCGCGAACCAGAGAUUGAUUGUCUCUCUGAGGCUGGAUAUAAGUUAGACAAAGUGAAAGGAGAUCUGGAGUUUCAUAAUAUAACUUUUCAUUACCCAUCUCGACCUGAAGUGAAGAUCCUGGAUCAGCUUAAUCUGCAGGUAAAGUCAGGAGAGACAACGGCAUUUGUGGGUCCCAGCGGUGCUGGAAAAAGCACAGCAAUCCAGCUCAUCCAACGCUUCUAUGACCCUAAAGAAGGAAUGCUUACACUGGAUGGCCAUGACAUCAGGGGUCUGAACAUACAGUGGCUGCGUUCUCUGAUUGGAAUAGUGGAGCAAGAGCCGGUUCUGUUUGCCACCACUAUUGCUGAGAACAUCCGUUACGGACGCCCCGGGGUCUCGAAUGAUGACAUCAUCACAGCCGCCAAAGAGGCCAAUGCCUACAACUUCAUCAUGGAUUUACCACAGAAAUUUGAGACUUUAGUAGGUGAAGGUGGUGGACAGAUGAGUGGUGGGCAGAAACAGCGAAUUGCAAUAGCCCGGGCUCUUGUGAGGAAUCCCAGAAUCCUCCUCCUGGACAUGGCUACAUCUGCUUUGGACAAUGAGAGUGAAGCUGUUGUACAGGAGGCUUUGGACAUGGUCAGAAUGGGCCGCACCACUAUCUCCAUAGCUCACCGUUUAUCUACAAUCAAGAAUGCAGAUGUGAUUGUGGGAUUUGAGCACGGUCGUGCUGUUGAAAGAGGGAAACACGAUAAGCUGUUGGAAAGAAAGGGCGUCUACUUUACCUUGGUCACUCUUCAGAGCCAGGGAGAUAAAGCAUUGAACCAGAAAGCCCAACAGGAGAUGGAGGAAGCUGAAUGUUGUGACAGUGACGCAGAGAGAAGGAGUCUCAACAGGGCUGGAAGCUAUCGUGCUAGCUUGAGAGCUUCUAUUCACCAAAGAUCUCGAUCUCAGCUGUCAAACGCUGUUCCUGAAUCUUCAGUGGCCAUCGCUGGAGAACUAGGCCCUCGCUCAUAUUCUGAAACCACCGUUCCUCAGGAGUUCAUGGGAAAGAGCGGUGUUCCUGAAGAUACUGCAGAGCAGGUGGAACCAGCUCCAGUGGCUCGUAUUCUGAAAUACAACGCUCCUGAGUGGCCCUACAUGUUUUUUGGAAGCAUUGGAGCUGCUGUGAAUGGAGGGGUGAACCCAGUCUACUCUCUCCUAUUCAGUCAAAUCCUGGCGACAUUCUCGAUGCCGGAUCCUGUUGAACAACGGAGGGAGAUUAACGGCAUCUGUCUGUUCUUUGUAGUUGUUGGUUUGGUUUCCUUUUUCACCCAAAUGUUACAGGGCUAUGCGUUCUCUAAAUCCGGCGAGCUGCUCACUCGUAGAUUGAGGCGUCUGGGCUUUCAGGCAAUGUUGGGGCAAGAGGUCGGCUGGUUUGAUGAUCGCAGAAACAGCCCUGGUGCCUUAACAACAAGACUGGCUACAGAUGCCUCACAAGUCCAAGGAGCCACAGGUUCUCAGAUCGGCAUGAUUGUGAAUUCUCUGACCAACAUCGGUGUGGCCAUUAUCAUCUCCUUUUACUUCAGCUGGAAGCUCACUCUAGUCAUCCUGUGUUUUCUUCCAUUCUUGGCUCUCUCUGGAGGGUUUCAGGCUAAAAUGCUUACUGGAUUCGCCAAGCAGGACAAAGAGGCCAUGGAAACAGCAGGACAGAUAUCUGGAGAAGCUCUGAAUAACAUUCGCACCAUUGCCGGACUGGGAAAAGAGCGUAAUUUUGUUGAAAUGUUUGAGACACAGCUAGAGGCCCCGUACCAAGCCGCACUGAAAAAAGCAAACGUGUACGGCGCCUGCUAUGGGUUUGCGCAGUGUGUGGUCUUCAUGGCAAAUUCUGCCUCUUAUCGAUUUGGUGGAUACCUGGUCUAUCGCGAGGGGCUACACUUCAGUUUUGUUUUCAGGGUGAUUUCAGCGAUUGUUACCAGUGGCACAGCUCUUGGCCGAGCAUCCUCCUAUACUCCAGACUAUGCCAAAGCCAAGAUCUCUGCUGCCCGAUUUUUCCAGCUACUUGACCGCAUUCCCAAAAUCAGUGUCUACAGCAUGGACGGACAAAAAUGGGAUAAUUUUAAAGGGGACAUUGAGUUUAUAGACUGCAAGUUCACAUACCCGUCCCGACCAGAUAUUCAGGUUCUGAAUGGACUGAAUGUGAGUGUUAAACCAGGACAGACUUUAGCGUUUGUGGGGAGCAGUGGUUGUGGAAAAAGCACCAGUGUUCAACUACUGGAGAGAUUCUACGAUCCCAACAGUGGACGUGUGCUGAUUGAUGGCUGUGAAAGUUCUCGGAUCAACGUUGCUUACCUGCGCUCUAAGAUCGGGAUUGUCUCCCAGGAGCCGAUUCUCUUUGACUGCAGUAUUGCAGAGAACAUCCGCUAUGGAGACAAUCAACGCGAGCUCAGCAUGAACGAUGUCAUUUCCGCAGCAAAGAAGGCCCAGCUGCAUGACUUUGUGAUGUCACUUCCUGAGAAAUACGACACCAAUGUUGGUUCCCAAGGUUCCCAGCUUUCCCGGGGUCAAAAACAACGUAUUGCUAUAGCCAGAGCGAUCAUAAGAGACCCCAAAAUACUGCUUCUGGAUGAGGCCACCUCAGCACUGGACACAGAAAGUGAGAAGACUGUACAGGAGGCCUUGGAUAAAGCCAGAGAAGGCAGGACCUGUAUUGUCAUCGCUCACCGUCUGUCUACUAUCCAGAACUCUGACAUCAUAGCUGUGAUGUCAAGAGGAUACGUCAUUGAGAAAGGCACACAUGACUAUCUGAUGGGCCUGAAGGGAGCGUACUAUAAACUUGUUACGACUGGAGCUCCAAUCAGUUAAUGUUUGAUAAUAAUAGCUGAUAUUUGGUUAAUUAAAUAAGGAAUAAUUGAAUUGUCAGAGGAUAGUGUAGACUCGAUGUGGUAAUGUGGACAUGGAUGUACAUUAUUUUCUUAUAAUUCAACAGACCAGGGACAAUUAUUCUGCUUAUGCUAUGGUCAUCAAAACUAGCGAGAUCAGUUAGAUGUUGCAUUUCAAGAUUGUUUUCAGGUUUUUGUCCUCAAACAAGCAUGAGAGGUGGGUGUGAUUUUGCAGAGUACAAUGCGAUCCUGUAUUAACAUCUAAGAUGAUCCUGGAACGUCAUUUUUGUUCACUGCAAAAAAUGUUGGGUUGCCACACAAGUCAUUCAUUCAUUCAUUUUCCUUUGGCGUAGUCUCUAAUUUAUCAGAGGUCGCCACAUCGGAAUGAACCGCCAACUAUUCCAGCAUAUAUUUUACACAGUGAAUACCCUUCCAGCUGUAACCAAGUAUUGGGAAAUCAACACAAAUCGAUUAAGUUAACUUAAUUGUUUUUGCAAAUAUAAGUAGAUUGAACAUAAAACUAUUAGGUUGUGCCAAAAAAAAAACCCUCAAGAAUUGUAUUGGUUAAGCUCAUUUUAAAUAAGUAGUUGAAUAACCAGCAAAAUUUAUUUUUUAAGUGUUCGAAAAUGUAAUCCAUUACCUUAUCCUUACCCCUAAACCCAGCAACACGGGAAUGAAAGUUGUGUAACAAUCGUGUAGAAAAACAUAACCUUAACUGUAAGCUAAAUUUAACAUGAACUGUAAAAAUGUAUCUCUUAAUUCUGAUUGGCUAUUGGAAACGUUGUUCAUGGAUGUUGAUCCAGGAACAUUAUUAUUAUUAUUAUUAUUAUUAUUAUUAUUAUUAUUAUUAUUAAUAAUAAUAAUAAUAAUAAUAAUAAUAAUAAUAAUAAUAAUAGGGAAUGCAUGGUGGUGCAGUGGGUAGCACAAUCGCCUCACAGCAAGAAGGUCGCUGGUUCAAGCCCCGGCUGGGUCAGUUGGCGUUUCUGUGUGGAGUUUGCAUGUUCUCUCCGUAUUUGCGUGGGCUUCCUCCGGGUGCUCUGGUUUCCCCCACAAGUCCAAAGACAUGGUAUAUGUGAAGCUAAAUUGGUUAAGCUAAAUUGUCCAUAGUGUAUGUGAGUGAACAAGGGCACCUCUGACAAGUGAAGAGCUGGGUGGGGGUUGGGGGGGUUUGGUUGCAGACAAACGUGAAGUGCGGGGGGGUUGUCUGUAGGUCGUGGGCCCAAGAUAAUGUCUCUGGGGGCCCCAAAAAUGCGUGGGCCCUUAGAAUCACCCCCAGCGGCGCCCCUGUGAAAAUGAGUGUGUAUGGAUGUUUCCAUCUGCUGCGUAAAACAUAUGCUGGAUAAGUUGGCGGUUCAUUUCACUGUGGCGACCCCAGAUUAAUGAAGGGACUAAGCCGGAAAGAAAAUAAAUGAAUGAAUAAUAAUAAUAAUUUAUAAAAAAAUUUGAAAUUUAUAAAUUUAUAAAUAAAUUUGAACUUAUUUUAUAAAAAUAAGUUUGGGUGUGUGAAUGACUUAUCUACCAUGGUGCUGAGUUUACAACGAGGCUGAAACAGUGUAGGACCCGAAGCAGAGCGUAAACAGCGAGAGGCAGAAGAAAUAGAUAUCAAAUCACAAAUGUAACCUGGAGCAGAACCAUGAACAGCUUUAUAUGGUAAAAUCAAUGUCUUAAUAUCAAUACGAGACUUAACGGGUAGCCAGUGAAGCUGUUGGAGUACAGGAGUAACGUGAGACUGAGAUGAUGCAUGUGUCAACACACGAACAGCAGAAUUUUGGAUGUUUUGUUAAAUCUUGAGAGAAUUAGCUUGUAACCCUCCAAAAAGAGAAUUGCACAAAUCCAAGCGAGACAUGAUAAAAGCAUGGACAAGUCUUUCAGCAUCAGGCCUCGAGAGGAAAGGACUAAUAUGGGCUGGAUUUCGAAGAUAAUAAAAGGCGGUUUUAGUUAAAUGUUUAAACUGAGGCUUCAGACUAAGCUGAGCGUCGAGGAGAACACCAAGAUUACGCACCUGUGGAUAUGGUGAUAAGACAGACCCAUCAACUGUUAACACAAAUCCAUUACAUUUGAACUAUUCAGUUUAGCAUAAUUAUGUUGCAUCCAGGCUUUAAUUUCAACUAAGCAAGCGUAAGCGAUGACAUUGAUGUCGAUAAAUUGGGCGAAGUGCUAAUGUGGAUUUGCGUCUCAUCGGCAUAGCAAUGAUGUCCAAUACCAAAUGUUUGCAGGAUUUGACUAAGAGGCAACAUAUAAAUCCUAAAGAGAAGUGGACCAAGUACUGACCCUUGGGGGACACCAUGACAUAAAGGAACAUGUCCUACUUGGUGAAAUCACACUAACCUGCAUGGGACUAGUUUCUAGUCAUUCAAAACCUUCUGUUUUGUUUUUUAUUGGUUUUAGGCUGUGAAAUAAUUUGAAAUAACUGAAAUUGUUUGGCGUAGUGAUAUCUAACCAGUGUAUAGUAACCAAUUACCUAUGCUCAAAUUAUUGUUAUGGAGUAGAUUUUGUCAGGAGUUGUACUUUACUAAGUAGUUUUAAAAAGGUGUACUUUUACUUGAGUACAUUUUAGUGCUGUACAUUUACUGCACUAUUUUCCUUCAACCUGUAGUCACUACUUUAUUUGUUUAUGUUUUUCUUUUCUACUUUGAUUGGCUAAGUAGAAUAAUCAGUCCACUUUUAAAUUUAUAUUGCAUUAAUGGCAAAUAAUUUAACCUAAUGUGGUGUACACUGAUUUCAGCUACAUUUUUAACUUACAGGGUAUAAAGUGUAUAUAAUAGUUUUCACAGUGUAUUACUGCUUUUUACAAUUGAGUAGUUUCAGAAGUAGUUUUUACCUAUAUACUGUACUUUGAGUAGGAUUUACAACAGAUACUUUUAGUCUACAUGCAGUAAAAGUUGUCAAGUAAUGAUACUUUUUUACUAGAGUAUGAUUGUUUAGUACUUUUAUUUAUCACUGUAUGUAACUGUAAUGUGGUCAAAACCUGGCUGGAAUUACAUUAGAUGUUCGAUUAUCUGAAAGCCAAUUAGAAUCAAGCAUUUAACUUGUAGUACAAAGGCCAAUACACAUUGUCAAACACAAAAAAAGACAAAAAAUGGACAGCAACAGACUUUUUUUUCAUCGAUUGAACAAUGUGGGCUUGCUGGCAAAUAUUUGACUGAAUUUUGAGAUAAUACUGUAUUAAAAUUGUUUUAAUGCAUACUGUGAAGAUUCAAAGUUCUAUAAUUGCAUAGAAAUUAUUAUAAAAAAAAACGAUUCAUAUGUACAUAUUGAUACAUAUAGCAAUGAUUAAAAAAGCAAGAACUUUGAUGUUUUUGUUGUUGUAUCCAUUAACAAAUAAAUGUAUUUAUGUACUUUAAAUAAGUUCAGU